AUUGUGCUCUCUUUUCUUUGGCAUGAUACACACUGUGAAAAUUCACCAGAGAGAGGUAAAAUGCCUUUGCUUCUGGUGAAAUCUUUUACAAGGGUUCAUGAACUGCAAAAGCUCAGAAUAGACCAGGAAAAACUGGAAAGCUAAAAACCAUGGACCUGAAUGCUGGUACCUUGGAAAUAGUUGUCUGUGUUAUUUUGAUUUCCCUCAGUGUGGCUGGUAAUCUAUUGUUGAUUUAUUACACAAAGAGAUGCAUUGGUGAGCAUUUGCGAAUCUCAUUCAUACUUAUUUUCAAUCUUGCAUUUGACCAUAUUGUACGCAACUUGGUAGUGAAUGUCUUGAAGAUUGUUUAUGUCUCUGGUGUUGGGUUGGAUUCAGCCAGCUGCAAAGUUCUCAUGUUCACAACAAUUUUUACUAUGUCUCUUGCCAUAUGGUUCACAUUAUACAUUGCUUUGCUGUACUGUUUUAAAUUGUAUCGAGUGGUGCACCCUCCGGUUGAAGCUGCGAGCACAAACCAUCGCAAGUGUCACAUGGUCCUAGUUUUUGUUCUUUGGGUUGCUGGUUUUGCAGUUUGCUCUCCGGUUUUACUAUAUACAGAAAAGACUGGAAAUCUAACUGGAGAAAAUAAGACUUAUCAGCAGCAUAGCAUUUUGAAUUAUUCUGAAUGCAAGACUGAAUAUCGAAAUGAACAACUAGAGUUUUUAUAUGGAAAAAUAUUUCUAGCGGCUGCUGAUCUUCUCCCAUUGAUAAUUUUACUCCUCGUUGGUUUCCGAAUAUUUCAUCUCCUUUGGGAACAUAAAAGGGCAACUUAUGGUGACAUAUGGAUUGGGGAUGACACUACUGAAACUGAGGUCCUCAGAGCAUGUAAACUUGUCCUGGCGUUAAUACUUCUUAUUGCCUCCUUCUGGAUUUCUCAUUUCAUCCUAAUGUAUUACUGGAAACAUUUUAAUUUCUAUUACUUUGCACCACCAGUCCUGACAGUUCUUCAUUCAGGAUAUUCAGCUGCCAGUCCUUACCUCCUUAUGUUGAUUAACUACAAAAUAAAGGUGAAGAUGGGAUCUUGCUGUUGCAAAGGAGAGAAAAAAACAGUAUCCUCAACAACUACAUCUUCAUCUGUAGAAGUGUCUCCAUAUGCUUAGCAAUUGAAAUUCUGUUCCAAAAAUUCUGUUCCAGAUAUACUCAAAAGAGAAUAUCAAGCUUGGAAACAACAGUGUGCUUGUCUCUGUGUGAGUGUGUAUUAGAGAGACAGAGAGAUGUAAUUGUCAAACUUUGUAUAUAUUUUAAAGUAGAACUUUGUCCCCUCCAGAAUGAGGUGCAGAGGUGUUUCAUAAAUGCAUGUAAACCAGGGUCUAGGUAUGUACUUACAUUUUGCAUUGUGCUGCAGCAGUUAUUAAUACGCAAAGACAGUUCUUUCCUUCACUGCACCACAGCUACCCUGUUUCCCCGAAUAUAAGACAUCCCCAGAAAAUAAGACGUAGUAGAGGUUUUGCUGAAGUGCGAAAUAUAAGGCAUCCCCCAAAAG